UGAACCGGAAACAGUACACAUGGGUCAUGGCCAACAGCAUUGUAGCCGAAGUAUUUAACUCAUCCGCAACAAGUCUCGUGUUUUAAUUGAGCUAUUUUAACUGUUUCAUACGAGUUCACAUUUUUUUUAAUAAGCUGACAGAUAAGCGAUUCUUUACCGGAGAUGGGAGUCCCGGCGUUUUUCCGUUGGCUUAGCCGAAAAUAUGCGUCAAUAAUCGUGCAUUGUGUUGAGGAGAAGGGGAAAGAGUGUAAUGGAGUCCGUAUUCCCGUUGAUACAACGAAGCCAAACCCCAACGAGGUGGAAUUCGACAAUUUGUACUUGGACAUGAAUGGGAUCAUUCACCCAUGCACACAUCCAGAAGACAAACCCGCUCCCAAAAAUGAAGAUGAGAUGAUGGUCGCCAUUUUCGAGUACAUUGACCGCCUGUUCAAUAUUGUGCGGCCCAGGAAAGUUCUCUACAUGGCCAUCGACGGAGUGGCUCCACGGGCCAAAAUGAACCAGCAGCGCUCUCGCCGGUUUCGGGCCUCCAAAGAAGGAGUGGAGCUGGCCGAGGAGAAGCAUCGCAUACGAGAGGAGGUCAUCCAGAGAGGAGGUUAUCUUCCACCUGAGGAGAUUAAAGAGAGGUUUGACAGCAACUGUAUCACUCCAGGAACAGAGUUUAUGGACAACCUGGCACAUUGUCUUCGAUACUACGUCGCAGACAGACUCAGCAAUGAUCCAGGAUGGAGGAAUAUCACGGUCCUCCUGUCUGAUGCCAGUGUUCCAGGUGAAGGUGAACACAAGAUUAUGGACUACAUCAGGAGACAGAGAGCUCAACCCAACCAUGACCCUAACACACACCACUGCCUGUGUGGAGCUGAUGCUGACCUGAUCAUGCUGGGCCUCGCCACCCACGAGCCAAACUUCACCAUCAUCAGAGAGGAGUUUAAACCCAACAAACCCCGCCCCUGCGCACUCUGCGGACAGAUGGGCCAUGAAAUCAAAGAUUGUCAGGGGACGGCCAGAGAGAAACAGGGACAGCAUGAUGAGUUUGCAGACUCUAUGCCGGUUUCUGAACAGGAGUUCAUAUUUAUCAGGCUCUGUGUGCUGCGAGAGUACCUCGCCAGAGAGCUGACCAUGGCCAGCCUGCCGUUUCCCUUCGACUUUGAGAGGAGCGUAGACGACUGGGUCUUCAUGUGUUUCUUUGUUGGAAAUGACUUCCUACCACACCUGCCGUCCUUAGAAAUCAGAGAGGGAGCGAUCGAUCGACUGGUCAACAUCUACAAAGACGUUGUGCACAAAACUGGAGGCUACCUGACAGAGAAUGGCUACGUCAACCUGGAGCGAGUUGAGAUGAUCAUGCAGGCGGUGGGCGUGGCUGAGGACAACAUCUUUAAGAAACGCAAAGAGGAUGACGAAAGCUUUAAGAGAAGAAUGAAAGAGAAACGAAAGCGGAUGAAGGCAGAGCAGCGGGGCCCCGCCUACCUGACCACGGGCCAGUUUGCCCCUCAGGCCCUGGGGAGAAGAGACCGACCUGAGGCCGUCCAGAAUGCUCGGCACCAGGCCUACGACAUGAGGAUGCAGUCCAGGGAGCAACACAACAAGGAUGCUGCUCAGUCCCUGAAGGCCAUGAUAAAGAACGGUGGCAAUUCGUCUGCAGGGCCCAGCGACAGCAUAGACAGCAGGGGGGUGAAGAGGAAAGCUGAGGACAGUGACAGCGAGCCGGAGCCUGAAGACAACGUCAGGUUGUGGGAGCAGGGCUGGAAGCAGAGAUACUACAAGACCAAGUUUGACGUGGACGUGACUGAUGAGGACUUCAGGCGGAAGGUGGUUCAGUCAUACGUGGAGGGUCUCUGCUGGGUGCUGCGCUACUAUUACCAGGGCUGUGCCUCCUGGAAGUGGUACUUCCCAUUCCACUACGCCCCGUUCGCCUCCGACUUCAAAGACAUCAAAGGGAUGUUCACCGAUUUUGAGAAGGGGACCAAACCGUUCAAGCCACUGGAGCAGCUGAUGGGAGUGUUUCCUGCUGCCAGCGGCAACUUCCUGCCCCCAACAUGGCGGAACCUCAUGAGCAGUCCUGAUUCUUCCAUCAUCGAUUUUUACCCCGACGACUUUGCCAUUGAUCUCAACGGCAAGAAAUACGCCUGGCAGGGUGUGGCCUUGUUGCCUUUUGUGGACGAACGUCGGCUGUGGGCAGCUCUGGCUGACGUCUACCCCGACCUCACACCCGAGGAAGUGAAAAGAAACAGCCUGGGAAGCGACGUAUUGUUUAUCGGGAAGUCUCACCCGCUCUUCGACUUCAUCCAUGAACUCUACCGUACAGAAGCUCAAGAGGGCACUGAGAUCCCUGCAGAGCUGUGCCAUGGAAUCCAAGGUACAUUAAAUCUUGAUGACGACCCUAUUCUACCAGAUAAGUCAGUGACAUCACCCAUCCCAAUGCUGCGUGACAUUGCACAGAACAGUGCGAUCGGAGUGAAGUUCAAGGAUCCCCAGUAUGCAGAUGACUUUGUGUUCAAGGCGGUCCUCCUUCCUGGAGCAAAGAUGCCCAAUAAGGUCCUGAAGCCAGGCGACUGGGAGAGGGGGAACAGGGAACCAUGGAGACCCCAGCUGGGCUUCAACCCAAACAGGCAGCAGGCUCACCUGGACCAGUCCGCCUUCCGGUCUCUGGGUCACAAUCUGAACAGAAACCAACAUGGCGGAGGACAGUACAGCAGCACCCCGCCACCAAGCAACUACCAACAAGGAAACUACCGUCCUCCACACAGCGGCGGCCACCAGCCUUUCCAACAUUCCAGGCAGAACAGUUUGCUGGGAGCGCCUCCCUCCUACCAGCAGCCCCAAUAUCCAAGGCAGCAGCAGCAGUACGGAGGCGGGGGUCACGGUUGGGAUCGGGCCGCGCAGUCGCAGCAGUCGUCGUACCAGCAGAACAUGACCCGCGGACGGGGAGGGGCGGGGCCUGGCAGCUACCAGCAGCGCUACGAUCAACGUAGAGACGACUGGAACGAUCGCAGGGACAACCGGGGACAACAGCAACAGGGCUACAGCUCUGGCAGAGGUUACCCCGCUCCUCCUCCGUCCAGAAGAUACAACUGGAAAUAAACUCAAAGUAAUGUUGGACUUUGGGACUUUGAGGAGGGGGGGGGGGACUAUUUUUAGGGGAGACAUGUCAUCUUUUUUCAUUUUAUUGUCUUCUUGUAAAUUAAAUUUGUGUUUUUCCUUUUUAUUCGACAUACAAAAACAGUUGUGUAACCUGUGAUUUUUAAGAUGAAUGGCCUGUAAAACUUGUAAAAAUACAAGUGAGUCGAGGACAAAGUGUCCCACUGUGUUUAUUUUUGAGAGGAAUCUCUCCAAAGUGGUCCAUGUGUUUUUAAAACAAACAAAA